AUGACGGCUGUUGCAACUUCGCCGAUAUUUCAACAGGGCAACCGCUCAAAAUGGAGUGUUAGUAGUGCGAAGGUCUCACACAACGCUAUGAACGCAGACGAAGUAACACGAAUGCUCAUGCCACACAAGAUCGCAGCAAAGUCAAAUAGAUCACACUCUACACCUUCAAGCUCUUCAUCUCCUAUCGCAUCUCCAAAUAAUCAAUCAGAUCCUCAAUUAAAUGGCGUGCCAAAUUCUGUUAGUAUAGACUCUGGAUCUCGAUCUACAGUGGGCGCAAGGAAAAAGGCACAAAACGCUGUAAGAUGGUCAACAGCCAAAAGCGAAAAUAUAUCAAACAUAAACCUCCCAAAGACUAAAUAUCAAUCAUUUCUAAAUAUUAAUGACUCAACCAUGCCACCUGCUGACAUGAAAGCUAAUCAGCAAUCGUUAGCAACCAUUCCUGCCCAUCAUAUUCCAAAAGCUCCUCCACAACAGGCAGGUGCAAAUCGAUCGAAUCAGCCUGGAAAUGACAGCAACCCGGUGUUAUAUCUAUAUUCCAUAAAUGGAACUUUUGAUAGAAAAACCAUCUAUGUGCCAUUUCAUCCGGAAACUCUUAGAAUAGGGAGACAAACUAAUGCAAAAACUGCACCGACACCAAAUAAUGGUUAUUUUGAUUCUAAAGUAUUAUCACGGCAACAUGCAGAAAUAUGGGCUGACAGAGAGGGAAGAAUCUGGAUCAGGGACGUGAAGUCUUCAAAUGGCACUUUCAUCAAUGGCACAAGGUUAUCUGCAGAAAAUCAAGACUCUGAGCCUCAUGAGCUACAAAGUCAAGAUAUUCUGGAACUGGGAAUUGACAUUGUCGGCGAAGACCAGAAAACAGUUGUUCAUCGUAAGGUCGCUGCUAAAGUUGAGUAUGCUGGAUAUCCUGGAUCAGCAAGCAAUCUUCUCGAAAUGAACUUUGGAGAAUUUGACCCCUCACAUGGGCUUGUCAUGAUUCCUUCACAGAGCUCUAUGCAAAUGAGGGGCAGAAUGGAUUCACAGGCUACAAACGGAAUUUGUAAUCGUUUAAUCAGACCUAUCUAUGCCGAUGAAGGUCAAACAAGCCUGGGCCAGCAACGUCAUAUGAAUUUUUGGCUUACCCCAAUAACAGUCGAACAAAUAGUGAAAAAACUUAUGCAUGAGAUGAAAUUAGCACAACUCCAAAAUGGCGAGCUCGAGCGGACACAUAAUUUCUUAGGCUCUCUACUCUCAGAACAACAUAUAAAGGACACUUCGGAUCCAUCUAUUGCACUAGCUAACAAAUUAGUCCCACCAUCCAACGGGGGAUUCAGGUCAGAACUUAAACUACGAUAUUCGGAACCACCAGCACCUCCUCCAAGACAACCACUGCCAGAGAAGCCCGAUUUUGCACGAAAUAACGAUUCGUCUCAGUCUCUUAAGCGCAAAGAAGUCGAUAGAAUGCGACCGAUAUAUCAUGCCCGUCCAGAACAAAUCGGUCAGAUUGGAAAAUUGGCUGAAGCUCUAUCAUCUGCUAAAAAAGAGAUUGAUCUACAAGGCUUGAAACUCCGAGAUUUAGAAGAAAUGCUUCAGAGGGAGAGACAAGCUAGGCAACGAGCUGAAGAAGUUGCAAUACAGAUGGAACUUAGAUCUGAGUCGAAUAAUCAAAACUUUUUGACUGAAGCGGAAAUAGAUACAUCUAUUGAUGAUGUAUUUGAGCUCGGAAGCAAGCCUAAGAUGUCUCGGGAGAAGGGUCCAAGUAAAUCUUCAUAUUCAAACACGAUGGAGCCUCACGAAGUAGACGAGUCCAAGUUAAUUCUGGAAAAGCGCCUAGAGCUUAUUCUUGGGGAUAUGCAGGACCUUAAGAAUCGAAUGGAGUUUUACAAAAGACGAGCAGAAACCGCUGAAUCUGUGCGAGAUGCGGACCGGAAGUCUCUAGCCGCAAUGGUUGAGAAGAUCAGAUUAGAUGAGAUAUUAAGAAAUUCUGUCUCUACAGAGACAUCAUCGGCGGUGAAAGAUUGUACCUCCCGCAAUUGCGAUAGUAAGCUAAAAGGCUUAUCUGCCGACAGCAUUAAUGUCAGCAACCCAGUGUCUGACGUGCUCAUUCAAAACGGUAGCACUACUGAUAAAUCAGCCUACAGGCCACUGAAUACUGAUAUUAUGCCUGCAGUGGAAACUAUUGCAAAAAGCUAUGACUGUCGCGAUUCUUUAUUAUACCACACAGCACCUUAUGCUUCUAUGCUAGGCGUUGUGAUUCUCGGAGUUGGAAUCAUGGCAUAUCUUAAUGGAUGGCAAGCACCAAAGAUAGACCAAUGA